AUGUCUCCUCCCCACCGCGCAUCGCCGCUGGCUAUUCGCCAAUCGCUCUUCACCGCUGGCUAUUCGCCAAUCGGUGUCUUUACGGCGAGGGAGCUUGAGAAGCAUAGCUUGGAGGAUGUUAAGUUCACGAUUGAGGUUAAUCUCGUUGGGAGCUUUAAUGUGAUUAAGGCUGCGUUGCCGGGGAUGAAGGCGAGGAAAGGUCGUGGGCCUGGGGGUGUUUAUGGUUAUGCUGCUUAUUCAGCGAGUAAGUUUGGGCUUCAAGGUUUAGCGCAGUCACUGCAGCAAGAAGUUGUUGCUGAUGAUUUUCAUGUUGCUCUUGUUUUUCCUCCUGAUACUGAUACACCCGGGUUCGAGGAAGGUAAAGAUAGUACUCUGAAGCUUUUGUUUAGAUUCAUUGUGGAUGUUUAG